UCGUUGGAGCAGCUCGGCUGCCUGCAAUCCAACAUGGAGUAGAGAGAGAUGGGGCUCUAGCGGGGCCACCCCUCGGUAACAACAGCGACGACGCGCUUUUUACGCACAACUGGAACCGGAGUCGUCGGUGAAAACAUGCGCCUUAGGACUUAAAAACGGAGUGUGUGCCUUGCGUGUCCGUGUGUGUGCGUGUGUGUUGUGUGUUUUGGAGGUGGGGGGGGAGCAAAGAGAAGAGCUGGAUUUGGCUACUAAACUGUCUGUAUAGGCUACGUUACCUCCUGAAGACGAUGGGGUAUUAAAGUUAUAGGAAAGGGGCAUUUGCGAUCCAGAAGAAACUGGUUGGCUCCGGAGGGGGAAACAGGGGAAAAGUGAGGAAAAGGAGACGGAGACACGGCCAGUCGAAGGCAAGCCAAAGAGCCGACACUCGCACAAAGGCGCAGGGGGGGAUUUAUGCGGAAUUGGAGACAGAAUUGGAGGAGCCGCGGUGAAAGAAUGACGAGCGAAAAGUAUGCAACCGCCGUGGUCCAUUACCUGAGGUGAAACGAGAAAAUGAUAGAAGAAACACACCCAAACGAUGACAGCUACAUUGUGCGUGUGAAAGCGGUGGUGAUGACGCGGGACGACUCGAGCGGUGGCUGGCUGGCCCAGGACGGGGGAGCUCUGACCAGGGUUGGGGUGUGCCGCCUCCUGCCACCAGAGCUGGCACCCGUGCCGGCCUCCAGCUAUUCCCAGUUCCUCAUCCGCGGUGAGCGGUUGCAGGACAAACAGGUGAUCCUGGACUGUCCGCUGAGGAAGGACCUUGUGUACACCAUAGCAACGCCCACAUUUCACCAUUGGAAGGUAGAGGACAGGAAGUGUGGCCUGUCCUUCCAGAGUCCAGCCGACGCCAGAGCGUUCGACAGGGGGGUACGGAAAGCCAUCGAGGACCUGGCUGAAGGCUCCACCACCUCCUCUACAGCACUCCAGAAUGAGGGCGAACUGGGUGACGACGACGUCUUUACUAACACCACAGACAGCUCAUCCAACUCCUCCCAGAAACUGGAGAGCUCUCUGCAGCCGCUCGACUCCUCACCCCUUCCGCUGAGACACAAGUGCAUGCUGGGACAUCGCCACGACCUCCACGACCCCUACCGGCUCUCAGACCACUACUUCUUGGACCAGCCGUUGUCUCGGAUUACUCGUCGUGUCACCUUCCAGGAGGACGAGGAAAUCGUCCGAAUCAACCCUCGGGAGCGCAGCUGGGAGAGAACCACCGAGCGUCUCCAUGGACGCCAGUCGGAUCGCCACUGGCUCACGGGCUACGAGGACUACCGUCACGCCACUGUGCGUGACAAGUUCAUCCAAAUGGAGGAAUCUGAGCCCUACGUCCACUUUGACAAGACGGAGGCGCAGAAGCACGACUACACCUAUCCGCUGGCACCGGCCUUAUCGCCCUCAGACUCUGACCCCGCCCUCGGACCCUUGGUCAAUAAGGGCCAUGGCGGCUCAUAUCGCCAAGCCUUCUCCUCUGUGGUCGCCUCACAGCCCCGCUCCUUCGUCCCAGGCUCCCCGUCCACCAAUGGUGGGAAGGGACGGAAGGAGGACGGGAUGGAGCGCGCUCAGUGCGAGCACUGCGGCGAGGCCUUUUAUAUCUCCGACAACCGGAGAGGCCGGUGCCAGGAUGCGCCGGACCCUGUGCGGGCGUGCAUCCGGCGGGUCAGCUGCAUGUGGCUGGCAGACACCAUGCUCUACCACUGCAUGUCUGACCCAGAGGGGGACUACUCAGACCCCUGCUCGUGUGACGGGGGCGAGGGCAGCGGGGGAGGCCGACUCGGCUCGCGCUGGUUAGCUCUGCUUGGCUUGUCUCUGGUGGCGCCCUGCCUCUGCCUCUACCCGCCUCUCCACGCUUGCCACCGGGCGGGGCUCAGGUGUGGCUGCUGCGGAGGCCGACACAAGGCCCUGAGUUGAGAAACCACGCUUGGAAAACCUCUCGGAGGAAACAACAAAAACCUAAACCCAACGCAAGCACAGGGAAAGGGAAGGAUGGGGAAAUGCACAGAGGGGACAAGUGGUCAUGGCUGCUCGCUCUCUUGCCUUGGUUUCUCUGGGUUUCUCUACAAAUUCCAGACACUGAAAUAAGCCAAAAAAAAAACAGUUGGUGCAUUUUCUGAACGGCCUGGGAAGAUAAGCUCCCCCUUACGGCAGACAGUUCUCUCAGCUCUCCACGUGGCCAUUUCAUGCUCUGUUUCUAGUGAGAGAGAGCACUCUUUUUCAGGGGGCCUUUUUUUUUUAUAGCUGACCUAUAUGUCAUGUAUCACAUAUGCAGGUACUUUAUACUUUGUACACUGACUCGGCGUCAAAGAACUUGAAUUGUUUCUUUGUUCUAUUUUUUCUCUCCUUUGAUGUACGAGUGGCCAUUUUGUUUAUAUUCCAAUAUCAGGCCCGCUCAGCUCAACUCCAGCUACAAGAGAAAUCAGACACUACACCUCUUUGCGUGUGCGUAUAUGUAUGUGUAUGUGUGUGUGUGUGUGUGUGUGUGUGUGUGUGUGUGUGGAUGGUAUAUGUGCAUGCUUAGAAUGUGCGCCGAGGCCUUUUUGUUGUCUGUACUGCAGCUUAUAGUAAAGCUCAUGUAUAUAGUCUACAUAGCUCUCCACCGUCAACAUCUUCUUUGUUCACUGAAACAAACGUGGUACUCAUCUUAAUCUGCUUCUAAUAUCCCAAAGAUUCGUGUUUUUAUCCUAUUUAUUUUCUCACUGAAUUGAUUUACCAGCAAAAGGGUGCUGGGUUGUGAGUUCCACACUCAACGAGACGGUGCUUCAAGUCAUGCUACGAUACUCUAGCAUCCGUCUCCCUGCUCCUUUCACGUUAUUUCAAACAGUGCCUAAACUACCACCUUAAUCCAGGAACCCAAGUCUCCAGUCAGUUUUUUGGCUUAUUUUACUUAACACGCGCUCAAAGCGGUGUGAGAUUUUAAGGCUCUUAUUUCCUCAUUUUCUGCAGAACCUCAGCCAGCAGUCUGUGUCACGUCAAGGACUGAAAAAUCAAUCAGACAUACCGUUAAAGUUGGUGCCCGUUAUGCCUUAAAAUGUGGAGUGUCGCUCCAAACUUCACCCCUGUCCCUCUGCUCUAAUGAAAAGCGCGAGCAUGGUUACGGCUCCAAGCAAUCAGCCACAACACAUACUCUUUUAAACUUGGUUUAAACUAUUUUUGUAAUGAAAAAAAAAACUCUUAAAAAGGUUCUCAUCAAGUGUGUAAACUAAGUGCUCCAGUUUGCUUGCGAUGUACAAUCAGCUCCCCUCUUUAAUCCCUGCCCGCCUCCAGUGGAGCCCACCAGUUACAUGUGUGGAACAAGCAAGUGAUGAUCUGAUCGGCUCGAUGAAUGAAAUGAGUUCAGAACUGCGUUCAAAAUGUAUCCCCAUCCAAUCCCCCACUAAAAUGUUGGUUUUAAAAACAAAUAUAGAUAUUGAAACCCCCUUACUAGUGGAAAUUAGUAUAAAUGGCCUUUGACAGGUCACUACAGCAGUGUAGUGUCUUAUUUCACACUUAUUUAUAAAAGAUAUUCCUACGUGUCAUUCUUGAGUUGGAAAAUGAAUAAUUUAACAUUUUGGGAAAUUCUUCACUUUCUUGUCAAGAGCUAACCUGGAGCCAGGACAUGGUUCGCUUAGCUUAGCAUAAAUAGAUUUAGCCUGGCUCAGUCCAAAGGUAGCAAACUCCACCUACCACCACCUCACUAACUAACAUGUUAUAUGUUGUAUUUUCACCAUAUAAAAACCAAAGUGUAAAAACUAAUUUGUGAUUUUACAGGUUACUAGCUGUUUUCCAGCGAGAAAGCAAACGAGCAUUUCACGAAAUCCCAAAUUGUUCCUUUAAGGCCAAAAUAUUAUUUGUAAAUGAGCUUGUGCUUAAACCACAGUUACAUGUGACUGGUGUGCGUUAUUCCUCUGUCCUACAGCAUACUGUUUUUCCUCCAUGCCAGAUUUGGUAUAUCACCAUGCCCCCCAAAGAGUUACAUCGACUUCGAUGUUCGACUGAAGUAGGAAAGAAUCAGUUAAAGUUUGGUCAUUCAGGGUCAUAGCAGGCGUGUCGAGGUACAAACUCAGGCAUUGGAGGAAAACAAAAACCCUGUCCUCACCUGCCUGUGUCACCUGCCGUUUGAGUGACACUACAGUUGGCCAAUCACGCCCUCACACUGACAGCACAACACUAAACUGACAACCGCUUGAUGCGCCGUAAGCCACCAUCAUGGCAGCAUUGGGGAUGUAACCAGGAACACUAAGCUUUUAAAAAAUAAAAAAAGAAGCAGGACAUCAGUGGGGUCCCUUUGGAAAAGAACAGGAGUCUGAAAAACAGCUGAAAUCCUGGAAACAAACAUCCAUCCCUGAUUGUUUUGCCAAAGAAAUGUCACUUACUGUAGUUGAAAUGCAGAAUGCCUGAGGAUGUCCUUUUUCCUUCCCCGGUUGUGUCUGUUUCAUACAUCCUGUCCUCUAUACCAGUACCUACGUCCUUGGUGUGAGUGUUUGAGUGUGUGAG